AUGUUUACGCUCUUUACCUUUCUUUCUUUUGUCUCUAUGUUGGGCAGCUUUACUAUCCGGCUGGUAGCCGGUGAAGUACUGUUUGAGAUGCAGAAUGUUGUUGCUACCGUAUACUACGAUGUAAACUGGGAGACGGACGGAGACGUCUGUUCACCCCGCUUUGGUGCCGGUUGGGCUCCUUCGCAGAUCGGUACCCCGGGGUGCGAGAAGAAUGGGAUUCUGCAAGCUGAUUUGGGGACCAAUCGUAUCGUCGCGAUGAACCAAACAUGGAUGGAAGGCGACAAAAGCGCCUGGUGCGGUAAAGAAGUCAAGAUCUUCAAAGAGGAUGGUACUGAGUUGGUUUAUGAUGAACCACUCGUGCUGUGGGAUACCUGUGCCGAAUGUGCUGAGCAUGUCAAGAUUGAUCUCGGAGUGGGUCCAUCGAUGGCGUUGGACGAUACGGUCUGCAGUUCUCAAGGCACCAACCCUUCGGGUCUCAAAGUGCAAGUCACGGACAACCAAAUCUGGGCUCCAGCACCGGAUGAAAACUCUUACUCGCCUACUUCUGCGAGCACACUUUACACUGGCGGCGUCUUCAACUUUCCUAGUUCUGGGAGUCUCUCUGCACCAUGGGGCGCCACGAUCAGCGGAGAUGAUUCGAACCUUCCGGUUGUGGUGAAGACUGCUAGCAGCGGGGCACAAGCAUCGGCGGCUGCGUCCGGAGCUGGAGCGUCGUCAGGGGUCACUUCUUCUGCAGCAGCAGCAGGGACGGGGAGUAGUGGGCUAGGCAGUUCGAGUGCCGCGGGGGUAACGAGUGGUGUGGGGGGUGUGACUAGCCAGGCUACUGCUGCCGGAGCCGCGUCCUCGGCAUCAGGAGGGGCAAGUGCGGCGACAGCGACAUCGGCUGCUAUUGCUGAGACUUCCGUUGCUGGUGGAAGUUCUUCGCUUGAUUUGGGUGGAGAAAGGUUUGUCUCUGGGAGCAGCAGUGAUUCUGCUGGUACCUCUGCGGCGUCCGAAAGCUCCGCCGAAGAAGGCGCAAGUUCAGCUGGCGGGAGCCAAACGUCAACAUCCGCUGCUAGCUCCAUUGGUGCCGAAAACCUUGCAUCGGCUUCCACCGGGUCUACCGCACCAGCUACAUCUGUGGCCGGCUCCUCAGCUGCAGUAGCCUCUGCAACAGCAACCACGUGUGCCGGUGAUGAUGGAGAAGAUUACAAUGCGGGAGAUCACAUGUGCGACGGGACCACGUUGAAGAUUUGUGCGAACAAUGAAUCGGGCUCUUCAAACGUCGGUAAGUCCUUUCACGAUUAUCUGGACUUGUUUGGAACCUGGGCAAAGUUGGUGGAUACUGACCCUGAAUGCAGCGUGGGUUGA